UUAUAUGAUUUUGAUGGGUAUUAUGGAAUAAUUUCUGUUUUUUCUUUAUGAGUUUUUCAUUUGUAAGUGUAAUUUGAUGUUUGGAAUCUUAUCUGUCUUGGGUGAUUGAUUUAGGGUUUGUUUGAUUUCAGUAUAACUUAUACUGGUUUUGCAUUUUCUUCAAUCAAUUGGGAAAAAAGAUUAGCCCUUUUGUUACAAAUCAAUCAAUGGUUACAAUGAAGUGGAAACUGGAAACUUAGGUUACUUGUUGCUACUUACUCAUGUCAAGUGUUCGUGGGUGUUGUUUGGAACAUUUUCAUUGAUCAACGUUGAAGUGAUUGAUAAAAAUCACAACUUUUGGGUGUCUAGUACUGAAUUUUGUGUGUGGUGGGCGGAUUUUGUUAUUGCUCGACCACAUCAUGCCCGUUCUGAAGAAAAUAUACAAUGCUUGCAAGGAUUCGUUCACACCUACUGGUCCUGCAUCCGAGGAGGCUCUUGAAAGGGUUCGCUCAAUUUUAGAUGAUUUGAAGCCUGCGAAUGUGGGUCUUGAGCAAGAGGCACUAGCAGCACAAAAAUGGAAACCUCUUGCUAAUGGUAGCAAUGGAAGAAGACCACGUAAUGGUGGUCAUCCGCAGUAUCCACCCGCAAUAAAGUAUCUGCACAUACAUGAAUGUGAAAAGCUCUCUAUUGGAAUUUUCUGCAUGCCUCCUUCGUCAAUUAUUCCUCUACACAAUCAUCCGGGAAUGACUGUUUUGAGCAAGCUUUUGUACGGAACUUUACAUGUUAAGUCUUAUGAUUGGGUUGACUUGCCUGAGCUUCCCGAGUCAUCUUCAGCUAGACCUGCCAAACUGGUUAGAGACUGUGAGAUGACAGCUCCUUGUGGUACAACUGUUUUGUAUCCAACCGAAGGUGGAAACAUUCAUUGUUUCAAAGCCGUAACGCCUUGUGCCAUCUUUGACAUUCUUACCCCUCCAUACUCCUCAGAAGAUGGACGACAUUGUUCUUAUUUCCGGAGAGCGCCAAAUGAUAAAUUGCCUGAUGAUAUUGCUCAACAACUUGAAGGUGUAAAUCUCAACGAAAUUGUAUGGUUAGAAGAAAUUCAACCUCCUGAGAACUUUGUGGUUUUUCGUGGACAGUAUAAUGGCCCUCAAGUGGUGAAGAAAUCUUGAGUUUUAGUUGGCUCCUAUAUCUCAUGUACAAUAUCAUUGAGCAGACCGGCUCUAAACGAUGGGAACGGCCAUUUCAGCCGAUUCAAGGGUUUCUCAUGCUUUGAACUGCAAUAAUUGCUUUGAAGAAGCGUAGACGAGCCUGAAAAUAUCGAGAGAGGUGUUAUAACUUGUACAUAUGGAAUUUUCACAUGGAUCUAUGACACUUCUUUGUUACAGGUGAUGGAUUGAGAGUCUACUUAAACUUGUUAAAUCCUACCAUCUUACCUUGUUUGUUUACCUGUAUUAUUUUGUGACCACUAUUUAUCUAUACGGAUUUUCUAUCGUAUUA